GGCGACAAAAUGAUACUGACAGAUGAUUAUCUUUAUUUCUCUUCAAGUAGAGAACGCAAAUUACUAUGCUUGCGGCUACAUUGUUUGCGAGGAGAAGCGUUGCUUUAUCCUUAAGGUCAAGUUAUUUGAUAGUCGAUGGUCAAACGUCAAAAAAUAAUCAACAACUAUGGACGACAGCUUCAAGAAAAMAAUCUUUGGUCGAAACACAUUCUCAAAACAGACAUUUGACAUCGAUGGACAAUAGAACUAAACAUAGAAAUCGUCACGACCUGCAUAAAGCAUUGUACCGUGGUAUAAACACAGCUUCUGUUGUGGAAUCUUGCCCUGAUAUUAUCCAGCCCUACUUGAAACUUAUUAGGUUUGACAGACCAAUAGGAACAUGGUUACUAUAUUUGCCUUGUACAUGGAGUAUUACAAUGGCYGCAGAACCAGGGUUGAUACCUGAUCUAAAGCUUCUGACACUAUUUGGUGUUGGUGCGUUUAUUAUGAGGGGUGCAUCCUGUACCAUCAAUGAUAUGUGGGAUUSUGAUCUGGAUAAAAAGGUUUCUAGAACAAGAACAAGACCAAUACCAAAUGGACAAAUAAGUCAUUUUCAAGCUUUGGUUUUUCUUGGAGCUCAGUUAACGUGUGGUCUUGCAGUUCUUCUCAGUCUAAAUAACUACAGCAUCAUUCUUGGAGCUUCCUCCAUGGCUUUGGUGGUGACAUACCCAUUAAUGAAAAGAGUUACUUACUGGCCACAAGUAUUUUUAGGUCUACUCAUGAAUUGGGGCAUCCUUCUCGGUUGGUCAGCUGUACAAGGAAGCUGUGAUUGGUCUGUUUGUCUACCUCUUUAUGCUGGCGGCAUAUUUUGGACAAUGAUAUAUGACACUAUAUAUGCCCACCAGGACAAGAAGGAUGACAUUCAAGUUGGUGUAAAAUCAACAGCUCUACUUUUUGGUGAUAAGACAAAACCUUGGCUUUCACUAUUUAGUGUUGCCAUGGUUUCUAAUCUAGUCCUGGCAGGAUUAGCUGCUGAUCAGUCAUGGCCAUACUAUGUAGGAAUGGGUUUAACAGCUACACACUUAGCUUGGCAGGUUGGUUCUGUGGAUAUCAACAAUCCUGAUGACUGUCUAAAGACAUUUAAGUCUAAUAAAUGGCUGGGUCUGUGGAUUUUUGGUGCAAUAAUGGCUGGAACAUUAUACAAAGAUUAAAAAAUAGAAAGACAUUAUUUAUAGAGGAACUAUAUAAAAAGUUAAAACGCAUGCAGUCGAUGGAUAAACUGACACUAUAUAUUUACUGUAAUAGGAAUUACCUUUAAAAGAUUUCUAUACAUGAUGUGAAAAAAUAAGUAUUACUAGGUCGAUAAUAAAUUAAUAUGUAAAUGUAAAAGAGAGCGUAGAUUUUAAUGUUUUAAUAAAAAAAUAUGUCUUUACUGCU